AUGGCGCUGUUUUCAGCAGCAGCAAAAGGAGACGUCCAAAGUAUACAGUCAUUAAUUGAAUCGGAAGACGGGUCAGAGGAUUCGGGAUACUACUCGGAUGCGUCUGGUAAGACGGCCCUUCACAUUGCUUCGGAAAACGGACAUUUGCAAACGGUUAAAUUCCUUAUCCAUCAUGGAGCAAAAGUGAAUGUGGGCGAUUAUAAACGACAGACAGCAGUUCACUUAUGCUCAAAGAAAGGCCAUCUUCAUGUGGUAGAGCUGUUAGUGAAUGAAGGAGCAAGCAUUGAAAUUGGUGACAAAAAUGGAUUUACAGCUCUUCACAUAGCAUCAUUCGAGGGUCAUUUUGAUAUAGUCAAAUACCUUGUUAGUAAAGGGGCAGAGCUGGACAGACUUGCUAGUGAUUACUGGACACCUCUACACCUUGCUUUAAACGGUGGCCAUAUUGACAUUGCAGAGUACCUUUUGACAGAAGGAGCCAACAUUAACGCGUGUGGUAAAAGUGGAUGUACAGCUCUACAUACUGCAUCAAAAACUGGAAAUAUUGAUGGAGUGAAAUUACUAACCAGGCAAGGAGCAGAGCUGGAUAUGACCACUGACUAUGGCUGGACCGCACUAAGUUUUGCUACAUCAGGGGGGCACCUUGACAUUGUCAAAUUUCUCAUUAACGAAGGGGUAGAGGUUGACAAAGCACUCGGGAGCGGGAUGACACCCUUGUGUCUUGCAACAAAAAGAGGCCAUCUGGGUAUUGUCGAGGUCUUACUGAACGUAGGAGCACAUAUUGAUAACUGUAAUCGAGACGGGUCAUCAGCACUCCACAUUGCAUCGUACAACGGACACAUUGAGAUAGUUCAUCAUCUCAUUAGCGAAGGGUCACAUCUUGACAAAUGUGACAAAACCGGAAAGACACCCUUGGCUUGUGCUUCUCAAAAAGGCCAUCUUGAAGUCGUCGAGCAAGGAGCAGAGCUGGAUAGGACCACUGACGAUGGUUGGACCGCACUUAGUUUGGCUUCAUUUGGGGGACACAUUGACAUUGUCAAAGUUUUCGUGAACAGAGGGGUAGAGAUUGACAAAGCACUCAGGAACGGCAAGACACCCUUGUGUCUUGCAACAGAAAGAGGCCAUCUGAGUAUUGUCGAGAUCUUACUGAACGUAGGAGCAAAUAUUGAUAAAUGCAAUCGAGACGGGGUUACAGCUCUUCACAAAGCGUCAUUCAAGGGUCAUGUUGAAAUUGUCAAAUAUCUUGUUAAGAAAGGGGCACAGUUAAACAAAUGUGACAAAAACAACAGGACACCCUUGUCUCGUGCUUGUCAAGAAGGCCAUCUUGAAGUGGUCGAGUAUUUCAUGAACGAAGGAGCAGGCAUUGAAGUUGGUAAAGAUGGGUUUACAGCUCUUCACAUAGCAUCAUUGGAGGGUCAUCUUGAUAUUGUCAAAUAUCUUGUUGAGAAAGGGGCACAGCUUGACAAAUGUGACAAAACCGACAGGACACCCUUGUCGUAUGCUUCUCAAAAAGGCCAUCUUGAGGUCGUUGAGUAUAUCGUGAACAGAGGAGCAGGAUUUGAAAUCAGUGAUAAACAUGGGUAUACAGCUCUUCACAUAGCAGCAUUCGAGGGUCAUCUUGAUGUUGUCAAAUACCUUGUUAGUAAAGGGGCGGACCUUGGGAGACUUGCUGAUGAUUACUGGACACCUUCACGUCUUGCUUUUCAUGGCGGCCAUCUCAGUAUACAUGCCUUUCUGUUAAAGAUCGUUAAGCCAUUCAUUGGGUUUAAAGAGGACAACUAUGACUACCUUCCUUUUGGGGGUGAAGCUUAUCCUGGCUAUAUGCCCCCAUACUCCCGAACAUACGAUCCAUAUCUUACCAGUCAACGAGACAGCUCUCGCUCCUCGAGGAAGAGCAUCACAGAAGAGACAAUGAUUAUAAGUCUCGACGAGUACAGAAUCAAGGUUCCACUUUCACCAGACGAUCUGAACAUAGCCAAAAAUAUCAGAGCAGAAGCAUUGACGAGCAUUCCACCUGACUUAAACCUGGGAAAAGACGAAGUUAUCAUCUCAGUUGGGCUUAAGCUUUCCCCUCCUGGUCUUCAGUUUAAAACUCCGGUGGAAGUCACGGUCUCGCAUAGCGCUAUUUUCAGCAACCCAGACAAGGCGGAAAUCGUGCUAUACACCCGAAGGACUGGUUAUAAAGACACACCCACAUCGACGCGAGCCAUCCAUAGAGAUAUCUCUAUGGAGCCAUCUCAUCAUGGCGGUGCGAAUGUGUCUGGGGCCAAGUCCGAGUGA